AUGUCUUUGGACAUUGAUUGGCAAAAACUUGAUUCUGAACUAGCUGGACAUGUUCAGCAAUUCCUAAAUAAGCACUUUCAGGCUAUUACAAAACCAUCAUUUAUUGGCGAUAUUCAAGUGAAAGAUUUUCAAUGGGGCAACGAAGCUCCUCAGAUUGAAAUUACCAACAUAACAGAGCCAUUUCCAGAGUUCUAUGAACAAGAAGAUGUGAACGAACAAAACACAGAUACUGUUAAGGCUGCAUCAGUGACAAAUAUGGCAAGUCAACCAUCCUCCAUAGGAACGAUAACAAACACAACAAACACAAGUACACCACUGAUACGCCCGCAGCCUUCGCCUCUACCACCACAAACAGAGUUCUUCUUAUCAGACGAUGAUGAGGAGACAAAUACAGCAAGGAUACCGCUAAACACACAAAGAUUCAACUACAUGCAUUCAUUCCAUCGCUCGCCAUUCGUCGCUCCUCAGCAUCCAUUUAGCAAUUCGCCAGGCCUCUAUUUCUCAUCUCCACCCACACAUUUGACACCUACAAACGCAUGGAACUCAUCACACCCUUCCUCUGUGAUUGAGGAAGACUGGAUUGAUGACGAGGAUAUCAAUCGGGUCUCGGACCACCCUUCCUCUAUACCUCCAGCUAGCAAUGCAACCAUCAACAACGCACCUUCAGCCGAGAUGGACUUUCAGGUACACAUGCAGAUAUCGUAUAAAGGCGAUAUGAGCAUGACUGUAAUGACUGAAUUGCGCAUGAAUUACCCCAGCGUCAUGUUUAUGAGUUUGCCUAUCAACUUGCGAGUACGUUCUGUUGAAUUUGAGGCAACGGCUGUGGUUGCUUACAUCCAGAGUAUGCAGCGAGUGUGUGUGAGCAUGCUGGAGCCAGAAGAUACAAGUGCUGGUGGUGCUGGUGGUGCUGGUAACAAGGACAUUGGAAUGGACAGUCUACUAAGAGAUGUGCACAUUGAGACAGUGGUGGGCGAUGAGCAAAAGCAAGUCUUGAAAAACGUUGGAAAGAUUGAGAAGUUUAUUGUAGAUCAGUUGAGAAAAAUGCUCGAUGAUGAGCUUGUAUUCCCUAGCUAUCAGCUCAUUCAACUCCAAUAA